CCCUGGGGGCGAGGGGGGAGGCGGCGGGCCAAAGGAAGCAGUUGUGGGGCCCCGGGGCCACGUGUCCUUCCAAGCAGGAAGUUUGUGGUGCGACCGCAGUGUUCUUGAGGCGCCCUCCGGGAGCCUCAGCCCCGCCCCGCCGCUCAGCUCCCCGACGUGACCACUCACACCUGCGGGCGGCGGGGCCGGGGAGAGCGUGGCCCCCAGCAGACCUGGGACAGAGCCUGCUCGGCUGCUGCCUUAGAGUGUGCGGACCAGACAGGGCACGCCUCCCCGGGCUCCUGACACCCGCCCCUCCCGCCCCCCCCCCCCCCCCGCCAGGUGAGGGGAGAAUAAUUCGGUGGGGAUUCGGUUAGAAGUCACUGUUCCUUCGUUCCCUUUCUUCUUAGCAGGGGCACUGGGGUUUGCAAGAACGCGAUUAGGAGUUCCUUCAUGUUUUCAUUCAUUCAACAAACAUUUAUUUCGGCUUGCCAGUAGCCAGUCCUGUGGCUGGGCAGCAGUAACCCUUAGAUACUUGGCCCAGAGUUCCCAACCUACCGAGGAGAAAGGAGCCGAUUGGAAAGUAAAUCGGGGCUGUUCCCAGCUUUCUAACGUUGGCAGUCAAAAAGUUUAGCGAGACCCCUUCCUACUCCAGGCCGCCGAACUGGGGAGAUCUGGAAAUGAGAUCAGCGCCCCUUCUUUUUUUUUUUUUAAGAUUUUUAUUUUAUUUUAUUUUAUUUAUUUGACAGAGAGAGAGAUAGCGAGAGCAGGAACACAAGCAGGGGGAGUGGGAGAGGGAGAAGCAGGCUUCCUGCGGAGCAGGGAGCCCCAUGUGGGACUCGAUCCCAGGACCCUGGGAUCAUGACCUGAGCCGAAGGCAGACGCUUAACGACUGAGUCACCCAGGCGCCCGAGAUCAGCGCCCCUUCUACCAUCACUCCUACCCCCCCCCCCCAACUCCCAGUCCUUGCUGUUCUGAACCCUAAACCCAAGGCUUACAGUAUCUGGUCAUUUCAAGGCAGAGAGGUCAGAGACCAGAGUGGGGGCAGGGCCUGGAACUGCAAUGGCUGGAAAAGAGUUCAGCUACUCUGGCGCGCCUGGUGUCUGUCCUCUUUUCUCCGGAGAGUACUGGCCUGGUCUUUCCUGGGCUCCCUUAACCCUCAGAAAUCCGUGUGAAUGGAAGAGUUCUGCCUUUUGCAGCCCAGAGGAGACAUUCCAGUUGUUUCACCCACCCCAGCCCCCAAACUGGGCUGAUGAUUGUGCCUGGAGCUGCUUCCUGGGCACGGAGUAGCUGUGAGAUGAGCCGCCUGGAUUACCUGUCCCGAGGUCAGCCACCUGUCAGGCCAGGAGAGUGUGCCCUCCUCAUCUUCCAUAACACCCUCCACCUUUCUGGGGAAUUCCCCAUCUUCUUUUGCCCUUUUGGCCUCAGGGCAAUUGUGUGAUAAGAGGGUGUGUGUGUGUGUGGGUGUAUAUGUGUGUGUAAGUCAUCCUGGUGGGAAGACGUGGCAGUGGUGGUGGUCCUGAGUUGGGAGCAGCUGAACUAGAAAAGGAAGGGCCAGCUUUCCAAAUCAAAGUUCCAGAGAGUCCCCUCACCUAUAUUCUAGCUGGUUCUAUAACUUUACUCGGGUGCCUGUGGGAGGGGCUUCCUGGUGGAGGAACAAGUGUAACCAGACUCCUGACUUCCCUAGAAAGGGUGACUCCCUCCUCAGCUAAAAAACUCAGGACAGGAAUUUCAUUCCAGGGCCCUGGGGAUUAAAUGAGAUGACCUACAUUAAUAGGAUGGAGUGUUUUCUCUUCUGCUUUUCUCUUCUGUUGAUAAACCUCUUUGAAAGGAAGAAGAAAGCAAUCUUUUUCUGGAUUUCUUGGGCUUCAGCCCAAAAGUCUAGUAACUUCUUUUGUUUGAUUUUAUGAGUUUUGCUGUUCUCCUGGCUCUCCUGAUAAAGCAGGAGGAAAUGGGCUGAAAAUGCAACCCAAAGGGUUUAGGGAAAGGAAUAAUUUCCUGAGAUUCUGGAAUGACCAGUGAAAAGAUUUGGGUUCUCAAAGACCCUUGCAAACAGGAGGCACCCCACAUUGGUGGGAUGUUUGGUGUGUACUGCAUCCAGAAGCCGGGAGCGUAGACAUGGAACUGUCAUAACUCCUACUCCAAACAGACUCUGUUAAUAGUCCCUAAAUAGUCCCUGAGUUAUUCUGUGCCUCAGUUUCCCCAUCUGUAUCAGGAAGAUACUUGUUCCUCAGACAGGUGGUGAGGAUUAUGCAACAAGUCUGUGUAGGUUGUAAGGCGUGGUGACAGUUCUGAGUGUUCUGGGUCAUUGUCCUCAUCAUUACAGCAUUUGUGACAUCCUUAUUUACUGUGAUUGGGGUUCUCCCCAGGAGUCAUGUCUGGGCCCCUGAGUACUGGCUCUUGCUAGUCCCAAAGAAGCCUGGUCUGGAGCUCUUAGGAACAAGGCAGCUGUCUCCCCCUAUUCCAGCAACCCACUUUCUGCCAGAAGGCUGCAAAUUCUUUGCUGGAGUGGCAGACAACGGACACCAAACGCUUUUGCCUCCUGGCUCUUACCCCAUGCAUUUACUCACUCAGAAAUUUACGUGAAAAUCCCAGGUGACUUAUUGCUAUUUUUCUCUUUUCCCCAGCCUCCAGACACAGCCUGGAGACACCACUAGCGCCCAGGGGGCCAGCUGCUCUGCUCUUAGCUUGGGCAGAACUAUUGACCUGACCCAACAGGCGAAAAAGACUGAGCAGGAGUGGGGGUGGGGCAGGGAUCACCCCAGUUGCUUUCCACUGAGUGAGCCUCAGGCUGCUGAUGCAAUUAGUCCCCUACUGGGGGCCAGGGAGAAUGUCCUGAGUCAGUGCUUCCUAUGUGGGAAGAGGGAUUCUUUGCGGGAGCUCUGGAGCCGGUCCCUUGAGAGAAGUCAGUCUUAGGAUAUAUUGCAGGGGGGCGCCUGGGUGGCUCAGUUGAUUAAGUGUCUGCCUUUGGCUCAGGUCAUGGUCCCAGGGUCCUGGAAUUGAGCCCACGUAGGGCUCCCUGCUCAGCAGGGAGCCUGCUUCUCCUUCUCCCUCUGCCAUUCCCCUGCUUGUACUCUCUGUCAAAUAAAUAAAAUCUUAAAAAAAAAAAAAGGAUAUAUUGUGGGUGGUGAGAGAUGCACCACUGUAGAUCAUCCUGACAUAUCAGGAACUCUUCAGCUCAGAGAUGGGUUUGCUCUUUCUUUUACCUCCAGGAGAGGAGGGUUUUAGGUUCGGAUCUAUUUCCAGAACUCUCCUGCUAGAGAAAAUUUUCCAUGUAGAGAAUUAAUGGGCCGAGUCUUUUUAUCUUAAUCAAGGGCUGUGGGGAAGGUUUGGUCCCCUGCGCUUGCUUGCAGUCCUGCAGUUCUGGAAGCUUCAGCGUGCAGCAGGGGGGCCUUGCAGGGCUUUUUGGCCGUAGUGAAUCAAGUUGAGAUGUGAAAGGUCAGGAGUCAGAGUUACGGGGAUAUCAGAUCCCUGUCCUGGGGCUGGUGAGGUUCCAGUGCCCACAGUCUGCUGCUGCUGGGCAUUCUUCACUGUCCCGAGGUUGUAAAUAAACCCACUGCGCAGACUGCAGCACAGGAUUCACAGCCCUUAGCCCAGAAGCAGCUGGGCCUUAGAGGUGUUUGCUCAUGACCUUUUUUCUUGCCACACCUUGGGGCUCUUGGGAGGAGCUGAGGUCAGAGCUGCAGUGCCAGGAUGCUGCCUCUAUCAACGCGGGUGUUCGACCGCCUUCCUGGGUCCCGUCACAUCCUUCUUGCUCAAUCAUUGGGUGCUCAGCAUGGAAGCUGCUCUCCCCUAUCUGGAAGGCAGCACACGGAGUGGCUGCAUGGAGUUGUGUCUGGAGACCGAAGCGGCAGCCUCUCUCCCAGGCUUUCUGUAGCCAGCUUGUGCUGGAGGAAGGGGAAGCGCUCCAUGCACCUGCCCCCCCCACCCUCACCCCAGGCUGGAGAAGAUGGAAGGACAAGUGGUAGGCCGGAUGCUCAGGCUCUUCCGCAACCGGCUGCCUCGACUCCGAGCAGGAUCUCUCCAGGACAAUCUGAGGGACGCUGUAAAGGAGCCAGAAAGGGCCCAGGAGCACUGUCUGCCCCCCUUUGCUGGAGGGCAACACUUCUUUGAAUACCUCCUCGUGGUUUCCCUCAAAAAAAAGGGUUCGGGGGCUGACUAUGAGCCCACCAUCACCUACCAGUUUCCCAAGCGGGAGAACCUGCUUCGGGGCCAACAGGAGGAGGAGGAGCGGCUGCUCGGAGCCAUCCCCUUGUUCUGCUUCCCAGAUGGGAAUGAGUGGGCACCGCUCACUGAGUAUCCCAGGGAGACCUUCUCCUUCGUCCUGACCAACGUGGAUGGGAGCAGGAAGAUCGGAUACUGCAGGCGCCUCUUGCCUGCCGGUCGUGGCCCUCGCCUUCCCAAGGUGUACUGCAUCAUCAGCUGCAUCGGCUGCUUCGGCCUGUUCUCCAAGAUCCUGGAUGAGGUGGAGAAGAGGCACCAGAUCUCCAUGGCGGUAAUUUACCCGUUCAUGCAGGGCCUCCGAGAGGCAGCCUUCCCUGCUCCCGGGAAGACCGUCACCCUCAAGAGCUUCAUCCCCGACUCAGGCACGGAGUUCAUCUCCCUGACGCGGCCCCUGGACUCCCACCUCGAACACGUGGAUUUCAGUUCUCUGCUGCGCUGUCUCCGUUUUGAGCAGAUCCUUCAGAUCUUUGCCUCUGCGGUGCUCGAGAGAAGAAUCAUCUUUCUGGCAGAAGGUCUCAGCACCCUGUCUCAGUGCAUCCAUGCUGCUGCCGCGCUGCUCUACCCCUUCAGCUGGGCACACACCUACAUCCCCGUUGUCCCCGAGAGACUUCUGGACACUGUCUGCUGCCCCACUCCCUUCAUGGUCGGAGUCCAAAUGCGCUUUCAGCAGCAGGUCAUGGAUAGCCCCAUGGAAGAGGUCCUGUUGGUGAAUCUUUGCGAAGGAACCUUCUUAAUGUCGGUUGGUGACGAAAAAGAUAUCCUUCCACCCAAGCUUCAGGAUGACAUCUUAGACUCCCUUGGUCAGGGGACCAAUGAGCCACAGACUUCAGAACAGCUCAACGAGCAUGUUUCGGGCCCAUUUGUGCAGUUCUUUGUCAAGACGGUGGGCCACUAUGCUUCCUAUAUCAAGCGGGAGGCAAAUGGGCAAGGCCACUUCCAAGAACGGGCCUUCUAUAAGGCUCUGACCUCCAAGGCCAACCGCCGAUUUGUGAAGAAGUUUGUGAAGACACAGCUCUUCUCUCUUUUCAUCCAGGAAGCGGAGAAGAGCAGGAACCCCCCUGCAGGUAUACGGUGACAGCCUCCUAUCAUUCCAAGGCCAGAGAGGGUCACUGCCUCCAAGUCAGGCUACUUCCAACAGAAGAUACUUGAAUAUGAGGAACAGAAGAAACAGAAGAAAUCAAGGGAAAAGACUGUGAAGUAAGAGCUGUGGUCAACAGGAGGGACUGGACUCACAGGCCCGUUUUGGACUUUGGCCCCUGCCAGCAUGGUGGAUCGGCAAAGCACGCCACCGCCUCCAGAAUCCACAGCCUUCUUCCAGGUCCUGGUAGCCAGGUCUUGGGUUUGGGACCCCUGGAAUCAGCUUUCUCUGGACUCUGGGAAGGCUCCGGCCUGUGUGCUCAGAGCUGGGCUCCAAGCGGCAUGUUCUGCACGGGCAGCGCAGGGCAGCAGGCCGCAGUUAGCACAAGUGCUGAGGAGCUUCAGAAGCCGCCGUGACUGCCCUCUUCCAGGAGCCACUAUUACAAAAUCCUCAACACGGAAAGCACUUGUGGCCCAAAGGCUCCGUCUCUCCACAUAAAAAGAAGUCUGUGGACAUGUGAAGCUAAGAAUAAAGAUGAACAUCUCCUUGU